CGGCACCACUGACAGGACGCACACGCUCUCGCUCGUGGAUUUGGAUUGCUAGCCUUUAUUCACAACUUUUGACAGGGGGCUUGAGAAUUCUCAUGUUUUCCAAUGUUCUGGACCGCUUCUGCUUUGCCGGGUCCUAUUUGAUAUUGGCGAACACAAUGGACAUUCAGAGAACUAAAUGAAAAAUGGAUGUCAGAAACUGGUAAAUGUAAGGAUCUGCUAAAGGAUCUGCAAAACUGCUAAAGGAUCACAAAAUCGGCAUUUGUUGUGAUGGUCUGAAUGAUCGGAGUUUGCAGCGGUACCUCUGUUUGCGAUUUUGUAUUUAGAAGAGUUGGAAAAACUCUCUGAUAACUAUGACAGCAACGAUUCAUCAAAGCAUUUAUGGUGUAAAUGAACAACUUCAUGAUGGUAAAUAAACCAAACAUCUUUGUGGAUUAUACAACGAGGUUGCAGCACCGCAUUUGCCAGUUUUAUUAACUACAAUCAAUCGUGUGAAAUAAAAAGCGUGCAUUCCAGUCAAAGCGUCACGGGCAAACUACGGCACAUUCGCCGGCAUGGUGCGCCUUCUCAACUGCCUUUUUCUGGGCUACUUGACAUGGAACCUCCGGAUAUCUGAUGCCCAGGGAGAGUAUUGCCACGGCUGGCUGGACGGCCAUGGAAAUUACCACGAAGGCUUUCAGUGCCCUGAAGACUUCGACACGAUGGACGCGACCGUAUGCUGCGGGACAUGCUCGCUUCGGUACUGCUGCGCUGCCGUGGACGCACGGCUAGACCAGGGGAGUUGCACCAAUGACAGGGAAGUGGAGAACACCGAAUUUGCAGCUCAGCCCAUCUACGUGCCCUUCCUGAUGGUGGGCUCCAUCUUUGUGGCGUUUGUGGUGGUGGGUUCGUUGGUGGCCGUCUACUGCUGCACGUGCCUGCGUCCCAAGCAGCCGGCGCAGCCGCCCAUGCACUUCUCACUGCGCAGCUGCCAGGGCGAGACCAUCCCCAUGAUCCUGACGCCGGCGCCGCCGUCGCUGCGCACGCCCUCGCGCCAAUCCAGCACGGCCACCACCAGCUCCAGCUCGGCCGGCGGCGCCACCACCACGGGCACGGGCAGCGGUGGCUCGCUGCGGCGCUUCUCGCUGGGCCGCGGCGCCGACGCCGGCCUGCAAGUGCCCAUGCAGGCGGCGCCCGCCACGCAGCUCCUGAUGCCCUCUGGCCUCGGCAGCGCUCUCUCCUCGUCUUCGUCCUGCUCCUCCUCGAUGGCGCCCCUUCCUCCUCCGCCAACUCUGCCGCAGGCGACCCAGCCGGCGCUGCCGCCCCCUCCACCCCCUCCCUACACCUCCCCCGCGGCGUGUCUCCACGGCGGCCUGUCGCAUUCGCGCGGGCCUCCUCCUCCACCCCCCCACCCUCACACCCAUGCCCACUCUCAUGCCCACUCCCAUGCCCACACCUCACUGCAGCUGCACCACGCCCCCCAGGGCUCGGGCUUCCUGCUGCCCCAGCAGUACUUUUUCCCCCUGCAGACUGAGCCCUUCGGCACGGCCAAGGGCUUCGCCGACUUCGGCCAGAGCUGACUGGUCCUGGACACCCUCUGAACCCCACCCCCCCUAGGGAAAAGAGUGUGUGUCGGUGGAUGUGUGUGUGUGUGUGUGUGUGGUGGGGGGGAUAAAGCAUAGGAGCUCACAGUGGAGCCCUUGGUUGGUUGUAGAAUCACACUAGGGGGAGUGCGAGUCUGGUGGGUUUUCUGUGCCUUUGCUGCAAUUCCAUGAGAACCUUCAGGGAUGUGCUGGAGUGAGGGAGACAGAGGAAGCAACUGACCCAGCUGUGAAGGCUUUUCUCUAGACCCAAACGCAGUGCACGGGUCCCCAUCCCAGCUGUGAAGGCUUUUCUCUAGACCCAAACGCAGUGCACGGGUCCCCAUCCGAGCGUGCCUUGCCAGCUAUGGAGUUUUAUGUGAGGACAAAAUAUGCACUUUUAUAAGCAGUCUUUAUUUCCCCCCGUUGUUUUCUCACUGACCUGCCAAAGUAUCAGGACACAUCGGUCAUUAAAUAUUUUGAGGAUUUUUUGUCAAGGUUGUUCGGACAGACAACUAAUCAGAAAUUUCCAAAUCAAGGCUGAAAAGACAGCUGUUGGCAGUUUGUUUUGGACACGUUCAUAUUGUCCAAUGGCAUUAAAAAGGAAACAACCAGGGAUUAAAAAAAACAAAAAAGGUAUUUUGACAAUCUCAAGGCCCCUCUAAAAGAGGGAACAGAAAGAACUUUUACUUUUGGAUUAAAUGUCACUGAAUUAUGUAGCUGUGCCCAGGUCAGCUGAUAACACGCAGACGUGUCCAUACAUUACAUAACAUAUACAUCCAUUCCUUCAGGGCUAAAAUGUCAAAUGAGUAGACGAUUCAUAUUUUUUAAGGGGAUGUAAUUGAUUUUGAAGUCUAUUUUCGGAAAGCAAAUUAGCCUUUUUUUUUAAGAUUAAUAUGUGACACAUGUGUACUUAUAGUUUGUUUUAAUGAAACCAUCUGUGGCUGGAUAGUCAUGGAGCUUUUUAAGCCUCAAUAGGUCAUGGCACUCAAAGCAGCCCAUUUCAACAGGGCACAGAAUCGGAACCGGAUCACUGCCAGUCACAGUGUAGCAGUGUCACUUUUUUUUUUUUUUUUUUAUUGUAUCGUCUUUGUACAAAAUUCCAUGUUUGUC